CUGUGCCUCUGCGAUGGCAGCCAUUCUCCUCAUGGCCAGACCCAAGGUGCCAGUAUCUUUUGAGGACGUAUCCGUGUACUUCACCAAGACAGAAUGGAAGCUUCUGGAUCUCAGACAAAGGAUCCUCUACAAGCAAGUGAUGCUGGAGAACUACCGCCAUUUGGUGUCACUGGGAUUUUCAUCCUCCAAGCCUCACCUGGUCUCCCGGCUGGAGCAAGGGCAGGAGCCCUGGGUAACAGACAUCUGCAGGAUGGGGGCCGCCACAGGUAUGCAAGCAGGUGACAGGAUAAAAAGCAAGAUGUCGAUUUCAAAGCAGAAACAUUGUCCAAAAGAACUCACAGGGGCCAAUCUUCAGAGCAGCAAUGAGGGCCAGGUAGCCAGGCUACUGGACGGAACGCUGGAGCACAGACAGAAACAUGCUCUCUCUCCACAAACAGGUUCCAGCAGGGGUGACCAUCCGAGGGAGAAAGGUCCAGGCAGCUCUUCUGGCGAGGGAAGAGAGAUCCUGCAGAGAAAUGACCUCGGCACUAGUCAGGAUCCUGUGCUAAGGCAACAGUGCUCCCAAGGUGCAGAGAAGCGGUACCUGUGUCAGCAGUGUGGGAAAUCCUUCAGCCGGAGCUCCAACCUCAUCAAGCACCGGAUAAUUCACAGCGGCGAGAAGCCCUAUGAGUGCUCAGAGUGCGGGAAACUCUUCCGGCGCAGCUUCGCCCUCCUGGAGCACCAGCGCAUCCACAGCGGUGAGAAACCCUUCACGUGCAGCGAGUGCGGCAAGGCCUUCACGCGCAGCUCCAACCUCAUCAAGCACCAGAUUAUCCACAGCGGCGAGAAGCCCUACGCGUGCCCAGAGUGCGGGAAACUGUUCCGGCGCAGCUUCGCGCUCCUGGAGCACCGGCGUGUGCACAGCGGCGAACGGCCCUACGCCUGCAGCGACUGCGGGAAGGCCUUCAGCAGGAGCUCCAACCUCAUCGAGCACCAGCGCACCCACAGCGGCCAGAAGCCCUACGCCUGCAGCCAGUGUCCAAAAGCCUUCAAGGGCGUCUCCCAGCUCAUUCACCACCAGCGUGUCCACAGCGGGGAGAAGCCGUUUGAGUGCAAGGAGUGUGGGAAGGCCUUCCGGGGGCGCUCAGGCCUCAGCCAGCACCGGCGGGUGCACAGUGGCGAGAGGCCUUACGAGUGCAGUGAGUGCGGGAAGGCCUUCAGCAGGCGCGCCAACCUCUUCAAGCACCAGGCGGUUCACGAGUGCGCAGACUGCUUCGUCCUCCUGGAGCGCCGGCGGGGGCGCGGCUGGGGCGGGAAGGCCGAGGGCCGGUGCGCCCACAGCAGCCAGGAGCCCUGCACCCGCAGCGAGCAUGGCCAGUGUGGCGAGGCCUUCAAGGGGGAGUCGCAGCUCAGCCACCAUCAGAAAACUCGUGGUGGAAGGAGGCCCUUGGUGGGGAGCGACUGCGAGAAAGGGCCAGCCUCCUAG